AGCAAAUGUGCAACUUGCUCGCUCUAAUUGGAUCGGGAAAGCAGCAGAAGCCAGAGGAGUGGAGCUGCGAGCAACGGAAACACAACCCUUUCUGGCUCUAUCCGAAAAUGGCACUCGCCUUCAAUUCGCAGGCGGCGACUCUUUUUCCAUGGAGCAUGUCCUCGCUCCGCACUGCCCUCCCGUCUGUCUCCUCCGCUCGCAUCCAUUCCUGCCGCUUCUCCUCCCCUUCGCGGUAUCCUGCUUCCGGGAGCCUCGGGCACUGUCUUAACACUCGGAAGCCCCUACGCUCCUUUUCCGGCCUUGCUCCGAUAGACCCUCUCUUCUAUAACUUCUCCGAGAAUUUUGGUUAUGAAAAUGGAUUUAUCGUAAUUGACAAUGGAAGCAAAUUCUUCGCAAUGAGACAUGGGAAACGUGUUCCAAAACUUAAUAGGCCCCCGGACCAACGCCGUGCUUUGAUACGUGGCCUCACAACUCAGUUGCUGAAGCACGGUAGGAUUAAGACUACGAGAGCACGAGCAAGUGCUAUAAGGAAGUAUGUCGAUAAAAUGAUUACGUUGGCGAAGGAUGGAUCUCUUCAUAAGAGAAGGCAAGCUCUUGGUUUCAUCUAUGAGAAGCAGAUUGUGCAUGCUCUCUUUGCGGAGGUACAAGAUAGAUAUGGUGAGAGAAAUGGAGGAUACACUAGGAUUAUCAGAACCUUACCGCGGAGAGGCGACAAUGCACCAAUGGCAUACAUAGAGCUCGUCUAGGUAAAAGGCUACUCAAAAUUAUUGAAAGCCUUUUAACAUUUGCAGCUUUUAUUGUAACCAUCAAGCAUAUUUUGGCUGAAAAUGAGAGUUGUUCUUAGGCUUCAUUCUAUGUUUUUAAUAAUCUGUCAUCAUUCUAUGUUUUUAAUAAUCUGUCACCUGUGCUUAUAGAAUUGGAAUGCACAUGUAAUUUCUUUCU